AGUUUGGGUGAGUGCUCUGGGCUGGGCUCUAGACGGACGCUCCAGUCCCUCCUCCAGUCCCCAGGAGAUAGACAAACAGCGCGUAGACCCAGCAUUGAGUACUUCUCUGGGCUCCACUAUUUCAUGAUUGGAAACCAACGCCCCUAGUGCUCACUAAGGAGACGCGUGAUUCCGCCUUGCUCUCUGCCAACCCUGGCUACUCCGCCAGGAUCUUGGGCUCCUCGUCUAGUCUCCUUUUCUAGCUCUCUGUAAAUUGUCCUUGACAGAUCUCCCUCUCGCGUGCCAACUCGGAAUAAGUCCCGAUAUCGGGGUGUGUCAAUGAGCGCCAAACACUGGGAAAAUGCUGUGACCUCACGGUUUCCAAAACAUCCUCCUUCCGUGGGAAUCCACGGGACAACCGUCUACCUAGAGUGCCGGAUCCCUCCGUCUCCGCCGGUUUAUUCCAUUUGAAAUGUUUUACCUACUGUUGCGAGCUAGCAGUCUUCAAUAGCAGCUAUCUAUGAAAUGAGCUGGGAAGAAGUCUAGGACAACCCCCGGACCUCCCCUGGGCUCGAUCUCAUCAGUUCCAAGGGGGUCAAGGAAAAAAAAAAGACAUCGGAUUUUUUCCUUCUCUUCUCCUUUCCUUUUUGGAAUUUGGCUUUAGGCUACCAGUGUCUCCCUCCUCCCUCCCUCCAACAUAGACACCUCCCCCACCCACUCGCCACUCGCACGUUUGGAUUCUUUUCUUUUUUUCUUUCUUUCUUUCUUUUUUUUUUUUGAAAUGGCCCGGGCAGCGGCUCUUGGAAGUGGAACAAGUGUGGGAAAAGAGAGAGGAAACCGGAGCUAAAUGACAGGAUGCAGGCGACUUGAGACACAAAAAGAGAAGCAUUUCUCCCGGAUCAAGGCAAUGCUCUGCUGCUGCUUGCUUUUCUCCAAAUCAGCCUGAAGGAUUUUCAAGCUUCCCUGAGGAGUUGGGGCUGUCUAGUGGGGGAGUUGUGUUUUUUUUUCCCCUCUCCCUUUUGCCCCCUCCCCUCUUAUUUGUCUUCCCCGCUCCUCCGCGGGGUCUUUUUCUCUGCCGGUGGCUUUCUGCAUCUUGGGCGACGAGAAUGGAUUGGGGGCUGCUUCUCCUGCACUGCGCAGCGCUCACGGUCGCAGUUUCCAGCGCGGUUCGGAACGGUAAAUGUGGUGAUAAUAUAAAAAUUGUAAGUCCUGGGUACCUUACUUCUCCUGGCUAUCCUCAUUCUUAUCACCCCAGCGAAAAAUGUGAAUGGCUGAUUCAGGCUCCAGAUCCAUACCAGAGAAUUAUGAUCAACUUCAAUCCUCACUUUGAUUUGGAAGACAGAGACUGCAAGUAUGACUAUGUUGAAGUCAUUGAUGGAGAUAAUGCAAAUGGACGUUUAUGGGGCAAGUACUGUGGAAAGAUAGCUCCUCCUCCAGUGGUAUCUACCGGGCCAUUCCUAUUUAUCAAGUUUGUCUCUGACUAUGAGACACAUGGUGCUGGAUUUUCCAUACGCUAUGAAAUUUUCAAAAGAGGUCCUGAAUGUUCCCGAAACUAUACUUCAUCUACUGGAGUGAUAAAGUCCCCUGGAUUCCCUGAAAAGUAUCCCAACAGCCUUGAAUGCACUUACAUUAUCUUUGCACCAAAGAUGUCAGAGAUUAUCUUGGAAUUCGAAAGCUUUGAUCUUGAACCUGAUUCUAAUCCUCCAGGGGGGAUGUUCUGUCGAUAUGACCGACUGGAAAUCUGGGAUGGACUCCCUGAUGUUGGUCCUCAUAUCGGGCGUUAUUGUGGACAGAAGACACCGGGACGCAUUCGUUCCUCAACUGGCAUUCUAUCGCUAGCAUUUUAUACUGACAGUGCAAUAGCAAAAGAGGGAUUCUCUGCGAACUACAGUGUCUUGCAGAGCAGUGUUUCAGAAGAUUUCACAUGUAUGGAACCACUGGGCAUGGAAUCAGGAGAAAUUCAUUCAGACCAAAUCACAGUUUCUUCUCAGUAUAGCACCAAUUGGUCAGCAGAAAGAUCUCGCUUGAAUUACCCUGAGAAUGGAUGGACUCCUGGAGAAGAUUCCUAUAGAGAGUGGAUUCAGGUGGACCUAGGCUUGCUCCGCUUUGUCUCUGCCAUAGGGACACAGGGGGCGAUUUCAAAAGAAACCAAAAAGGAAUACUACGUCAAGACUUACAGAGUGGAUAUUAGUUCCAAUGGCGAAGACUGGAUUACCAUAAAAGAAGGGAACAAACCAACUAUUUUCCAAGGGAACACCAACCCCACAGAUGUUGUGUAUGGGGUUUUCCCCAAGCCCUUUAUAACACGUUUUAUCCGAAUCAAACCAGUAACUUGGGAAACUGGUAUCUCAAUGAGAUUUGAGGUAUAUGGCUGCAAGAUAACAGAUUACCCUUGCUCGGGAAUGUUGGGGAUGGUGUCUGGACUCAUUUCAGACUCACAAAUUACAGCCUCCAAUCAAGGAGACAGAAACUGGAUGCCUGAAAACAUCCGCCUAGUCACAAGCCGCUCAGGUUGGGCGCUCCCAUCUGCCCCUCACUCCUACACAAAUGAGUGGCUCCAGAUAGACCUAGGUGAGGAGAAAAUCGUGAAGGGCAUCAUCAUUCAGGGAGGGAAACACCGAGACAACAAGGUGUUCAUGAAAAAAUUCAAGAUUGGAUACAGUAACAAUGGCUCCGACUGGAAAAUGAUUAUGGAUGAAAGCAAACGGAAGACUAAGUCCUUUGAGGGUAACAACAACUAUGAUACACCUGAGCUUCGAACUUUUACUCCUCUGACCACCCGAUUCAUCAGGAUCUACCCGGAGAGAGCAACUCAUGGAGGACUAGGGCUAAGAAUGGAGCUGCUGGGUUGUGAAGUGGAAGUACCUACAGCUGGACCAACCACUCCUAAUGGGAAUCCAGUGGAUGAAUGUGAUGAUGACCAGGCCAACUGUCACAGUGGAACAGGUGAUGACUUCCAACUGACAGGUGGUACCACUAUCCUGACCACAGAAAAGCCCACAGUAAUAGACAGCACAAUGCAGUCAGAAUUUACAGCAUAUGGUUUUAACUGUGGAUUUGGCUGGGGAUCUCAUAAGACAUUCUGUCAGUGGGAACAUGACAAUCAAGUGGAAUUGAAGUGGAGUGUGUUGACGAGCAAAACAGGACCUAUUCAAGAUCACACAGCAGGAGAUGGCAACUUCAUCUAUUCCCAAGCUGAUGAAAAUCAAAAGGGCAAAGUGGCUCGGCUGCUGAGCCCCGUCGUUUAUUCACAGAACUCUGCCCACUGCAUGACUUUCUGGUACCAUAUGUCUGGUUCCCAUGUUGGUACCUUGAGGGUCAAGCUUCGCUACCAGAAGCCAGAUGAAUAUGAUCAGACUCUCUGGACUGCCAUUGGACAUCAAGGGAACCACUGGAAAGAAGGGCGUGUUCUUCUUCAUAAAUCUCUAAAGCAUUAUCAGGUGAUUGUUGAGGGUGAAAUCGGAAAAGGAAACCUUGGAGGAAUCGCAGUUGAUGACAUUAGUAUUAAUAACCACAUUUCACAGGAGGAUUGUAAAAAAUCAACAGAUUUGGAUAAUAAGGACAAAGAAAACUCAAAUGCUGGAACAGGAAGCACGCUAGGAUAUGAAGGAAUGGGAGAAGGUGAUGAGAACAUCUCUAGAAAGCCAGGCAAUGUGUUGAAGACCUUGGACCCCAUCCUCAUUACCAUCAUAGCCAUGAGUGCUCUUGGUGUCCUUCUGGGAGCCAUAUGUGGUGUUGUCCUGUACUGUGCCUGUUGGCACAAUGGGAUGUCUGAAAGAAAUUUAUCUGCCCUGGAGAAUUACAACUUUGAACUUGUGGAUGGUGUAAAGUUGAAAAAAGACAAACUGAACACACAAAACACUUACUCGGAGGCAUGAAGGCAAAGAUGAAAAGACAUCAAGGAAAUGAAAUGGAAGGACAUAAUUUAAGCGUGCUGGGGAACUGUUAAUCCUGUUCAUCUUCCUUUACUAUACAGGCUGAAACAGGCGUUGAUGACGCUAAGCCAAGCUUUUCUCAGGAGGUUUGAUGAGUAUAACCAACAGACAAACCUGAACAAUCAUCUGUAUUAAUAAUCCGAACCAUGGACAGUCAACGUUUUCUGUUGGUUUGAUUUAAAUAAUCAGAUGCUGGUGUUGAGACCAAGUAGGAUUGACUUUUAAUGAUUCCUUUUGUCCUUCCCCAUACCCCUCUCUUUCUCCUUUUCCUUUGAUGGAUUUUAUUCUAAACUGUGCAAAAUCCAAGAUGCUGUCACCAAGUGUAUUCAGUGGGGUCCCUUUGCUGCCUGUAGCUCAGUGCCCAGAAAAGAUUGGAUUAACAGCGAUUUAGUGGACUCUCACGCCUGACUUGUGUAUAAUUGCUCGUGUUGUGUAUAGGCAAAGAAGGGUUAGGCUGUUUUCUUGAGUACCGUCGCCACAGUACCGGUAUAGUGUGUCAGCUCUGUUUACGAAGCAAUACAGUCCAAUCUCCCUUGAUGUUUUCAGUGUUGUAUCGACUUCGUGCUUGUGAACUCCAUACACAAUAACGUGCCAUCAUCAGCCACAACUGGCCACCAACCCGAGUGUACCGCCGGAAACCGAAACAAACAGUCCUUGGCACUAGCUAAUUUAUGUCCUCUCAAGUGCCUUUUCGUUUGUACUGGUUCUCAUUGUGUUCACUUGACCAACCCGCUAUCUUUUCCUCUGAUAAAAAGAAGCCCUUAUCUCUAAUCAAACCCUGGUGGUGUCCUGACUAAGAAGAAAGUAUAUUUUAGUGUGAGAUGUCAACCCCCACCUUCAAAUCCUACCCCCACCCCCAGGAAGGCAAGGGCUCAGAAGAUUGGGCAACUUGGCUUUGAUUGUUCUACUUUUUCUGUAAUUCAGUUUCAUGUCUCUUGACCCUUUUGUAGAAAGCUGCAAUAUCCUCUUUUAUUGUCCUUUCAUAUGGAAUGUAUUUUCAGAUGUAAACUCUUUCUUCUCUCUCUCUCUCUCUCUCUCUCUCUCUCUCUCUCUCUCUCUCUCUCUCUCUCUCUCUCUCUCUCUCUCUCUCUCUCUCCUCUCUCUCCCCCCUAUCUCUGUCUUUUCUCUCUUAUUAAAAGAUAGGCAUUUGCCAUUGUCAAGGAAAGAAACCUGCAGCUUUAAUUUGCUGACAAUGGCAGAGGAUUUUACUAGACUUUGUUUAAAAAUAAAUAAAUAAGGGGAUAUUCCUAAUUUUACCCCCUCCCCCAAAGUCUAACUUUGGGCUUCUUGUUAACUCUGUAAAGUGACAGUAUCCUUUUUCCUUCAACUUUAUGCUCAUUUGGCCUUUUUUAUCUCAAAAUCAGAAUCAAAAUUAAUUGAAGUAUUUGGGUUCAGUUGGGAAAAAAGAAAUUGGGGGCCUAUGGGGUGUGCUUUUUUCCAGAACUGAGUUACAAAUGAGACCUCCAAGAAAGGCUGGACAAAAUCUCAAUGAGAAAUAUUCCACUGGAACCUUCUUAUUUGGGUCUCAGGUUGCCUAAGUAAGUAAGGUUGUCAGAUUCCUUUAAACCCUGAUGACACCAUUUGGUUGCAAGAUGAGAGGAAAAUAAAAGAGCUAGUGAUUAAUUCAAGAGUAGAACUCCAGAUCUGGAGGUCAGGAAAGGAAAAUGUUUUGAGAUGAAGAAAGUAGGAAACGUCAAAACCCCUAUCAAAAAAUUCACUCAGAAGCUGGGGGAAGUGGUGGCUCCUGUGAAUGAAUGCCCCUGGGCUUCUUUCCAAGUCGCUGAACAAAAUAGAAGCCUUCUGUGGGGCAGGACUUAGGGCUCCUAACGCCAUAGCAAGUGAGUCAUCCUGGUAUCAAGGCAGCCUGUGAAUUAUCCCAAAGAAGUUUUGAUUGUUUUCAGUGUACUUGUGUCAUGUUGUAUAUAAUGAGUUGUAAGUCUUUCCCCUUCUCCUGCACAAGGACUGGUCUCUCAGAUACACUCCUGGGAGUCACAUUUGCAUCCUAGUGUGGAGCACCCAUUCAUCUUGUUUUAAUUGGAUUGGAAAUGCUGUUUGUUUCUUGUAAAGUAUGGAGGGCCAAAAAAGAAGAAGUUUUGUCCCUGAUGGCAUCCAGUCCAGAACCAGGACUAAAGCACUAAAGACUUCAUUUAUUAGAAGGUAACAGACUUCAAGUUACCUUCAACCAAGGAAAAAUGAUACUGCGACUUUAAAUUAAAAAGUAUCUUGCACUGAUAAAUAUAUUUAAAAAUUAUAUGUUUAUAAAGUUAUUAAUUUGUAAAGGCAGUGUUACAGAAUGUUCAGUUUAUAUUGUUUUAGAUUGUUUCAUAAUUUUUAAAAGUGUAAAAUAACAUAUUUUUUUCUUUAUUGAAAAACUAUAAAAAAAUCUUCUGUAGUAAAAUGAUUUCAUUUUACUGGUAUAUUAUUGCUUCAUGUUUUGUACCAUCAUGAAAUUUUGUGCAGAUUUUUUUUACAGAAAUUUUUAUUUUCUAUGACAAUAGGACACUUGUAAAUUGUUAUUUCAAAAUGAACAGUGAAGCCUUAACUUUAAAUGACGUUUGUAUUCUCAGACACUGAGUAGCAGAAAAUCCACCUAGAACUGAACUGUAACUGAAAUCCCAAACUAUGACUACUACAUUCCAAAGAAACAGUUGGAUUAAACAUUUUCAUAAAAUA